GCUCCGUGCGCGCACAGCUGAGCUGAGCGCUGGUGAUGAAGCGCUGUCUUCACAUGCUCCACCGAGGAGAUGCGAAGAAUUAAUCAUGCCGUUUUUCUCAUGCUGAGCGACUUACACUCAGGAAGAUUUCUUGGUUUCACAAGUUUGUGGGACGUAUCAGGCUUUUUUUCCACUAAGAUGCCAAAAAGUCUCUUUUGUCUUCAAUAAUACUGAAAAAAAAUGAAGUGUCAUCGACCAAAAACAUAAUUUCAAUUGUGAGAGGAAGAGAUUGUGAUUCUCAGCAAUGAGGUGUGACAAUUCGACCAAUGGGACAGAUACGCCAUACACCCUGCUGGUGGCCCUUCCUAUGAGCGUCCUGGUGGGGCUCCUCAUCCUCCUCAUUGUCUUUGGCAAUGUGCUGGUGAUCAUCGCCGUGUUCACGAGCCGAGCUCUCCGGGCUCCUCAGAACCUGUUCCUGGUGUCGCUGGCCUCUGCUGACAUAUUGGUGGCCACUCUGGUGAUGCCGUUCUCGUUGGCGAAUGAGCUGAUGGGCUGCUGGGCCUUUGGGCAGGUUUGGUGUGAAAUCUACCUGGCCUUGGACGUUCUCUUCUGCACGGCCUCAAUCACUCACCUGUGCGCCAUCAGUCUGGACAGGUACUGGUCGAUCACGCAAGCCAUCGAGUACAACCUCAAGCGCACACCGCAACGAAUCAAGCGCAUUAUUUUUAUAGUUUGGAUCAUCGCUGCCGUGAUCUCCUUCCCACCUCUUAUUACCAUGAAGAAGGAAGAGGGGAACACCUGCAAAAUCAACGAAGAAAAAUGGUACAUUGUUUCCUCUUCCAUCGGCUCGUUUUUUUUGCCUUGCAUCAUCAUGGUCCUCGUGUACAUCCGAAUCUACCAGAUCGCCAAGAAGAGAACCAGAGCGCCACCUGGGGACCGGAGGAAAAAGGAAGCGGGCAAGAAGGAGAAUGAUCCCCAUGAGAAGCUCAAUGGGAAUCCGAACCCCAAACAGGACGACAAGGGCGAGAUAAACGGCAUGGACAUGGAGGAAUCAUCCUCCUCGGACCACAAGGUCUCCAACCCUUGCUCCCUCAAGAAGAAGAGCUCAAAAGGAAAGACCAAGCUGAGCCAAAUCAAACCGGGGGACGGUGACAAGAGCGAGGUCCUCCAGACCACCAAGACCAGCAGGUGGAAGGGCCGUCAAAACCGGGAAAAGCGCUUCACGUUCGUCCUGGCGGUGGUCAUAGGUGUGUUCGUCAUCUGCUGGUUCCCAUUUUUCUUCACCUACACAUUGACGGCAUUUUGCAAACGCUGUGUACCAGAAACUCUUUUCAAGUUCUUCUUCUGGUUCGGCUACUGCAACAGCUCUCUCAAUCCCAUUAUAUACACCAUCUUCAAUAAUGACUUCCGAAGAUCCUUCAAGAAGAUCCUCUGCUGGAGAGAUAACAGGAGAGUGGUGUGAAUGGGUUGCUGUUUUUCUUUUCCCUUUAUAUAUUCCCUUCCCAGUGUAAUAUAUCACCUGGCGUUUAUGGGAAGUACUUGUGUACAGUAAGCCAACAUGUUGUGUGUCAUUAUACAAGUCUGAAGAGGAAAAAAUAGACUCUUACAUGCUUUGUACAAAUGCAACAAUGCAUGAUUAUGCAAUUACAGCACAUUGCAGAUUCGUCCAUUUCUGAAGUGUAUUGUUGUGUCGCUCUUGAUAUACAGUGAGUGGUGUAGUUUCGUAAUUCUGGUAUUUUGUCAUCCGCCAACGUUGAGGGACAUAUUCAAAGACAAUGCAUCACAAACCAUGCUGGAUGUUGUUUAAAAUGUGAAAAAAGUGCCAAAGGACUACAAACUUGGCCUUCAAGCCUUAUAAUGUGCUGCAAAACUGUCAAACUAUGCUGCAACGUGCAUGCCGAUGUGUUUUCUCGCAGGGCCAGUUUAUUUUCCCUGACAUAUUGUAUAAUUAAUUGUGAAGGUGUUGAUAUUGUUUGGUGGAUUAAUUGUAUUUUUUUAUCCCUGCCAGUAACGGUUCAUUUAAAAUCUUGCUGUGGACCAUUA